CAAAGUGGGGCACUCAGCUCAAACUCAUCUAUAGUUCACUGGUGUGAACAGGCAGAAAUGUGCACAGUUGAAAACUGAAUUAAAAGUUGGUAUAUUCUGAGUCAGCAUGAAGCCAGCGGUGGUUCUGCUGGGCCUUGUCCUCCUGCUGGACACCACCUUUGCUGCAGAAGAGUCCUGUGUGGGUCGCUGUGGUUCCUUCGACCCGCAGAGGAAAUGUCAGUGUGACUCCAUGUGUGUGUACUAUGGAAGCUGCUGCACCGACUUCGACGCCAUGUGUCCUAAAAAAACUGCUCGUGGGGACACCUUCGAGGGAGUAGAGGAAGUAACAGUGGAGGUGGCGGCUCCUAGCGAGAGCACUAUGACUCCCACAUCAACUUUUAACACAGUGGCAGCAACCACCCCUGCCUCUCCCCCGCCCACAACCAUACCAGGGCCCACGCCUAGUGUAGAGCCUGAUGCAGCAGGCUGCAGUGGGCGACCUUUUGAUGCUUUUCUGCAGCUGAAGAAUGGGUCGAUCUAUGCAUUUAGAGGUGAAUAUUUUUUCGAACUGGAUGACAAGUCCAUACUUCCUGGUUACCCCAAACUCAUCGAGGACGUGUGGGGAAUGUCUGGGCCAAUCGACGCCGCAUUCACACGCAUCAACUGCCAAGGGAAAUCCUACAUCUUUAAGGGGAACCAGUACUGGAGGUUUGACGGUGAUGUCUUGGAUGAAGACUAUCCACGGGACAUUUCAGUCGGCUUUGAUGGGAUACCAGAUGCUGUUGAUGCUGCGUUUGCCAUACCAGCACCAAGUCACCGUGGCAAAGAGAAAGCCUACUUUUUCAAAGGGGACAAGUAUCACCAGUACGAGUUCAAGCACCAGCCUUCCCAUGAAGAGUGUGUCCAGAUGAGCAGGUCCUCCCCGUCUGUGCUGUUCACACGAUACACUGACCUCUUCUGCGAUCAGACGUGGGAGGAUUUCUUCACAGACCUCUUUGGAAGCUCUUUGAGCAGCCACAACACGGGCCCUCGUUUCACCAGCAGGGACUGGCAGGGCAUCAGGCCCCCUGUAGAUGCUGCCAUGGUGGGACGAGUCUACCUCAGUCCCAAGCCCACAUCUCCUCCACUAACGAGGAGACGGAGCAGCCGGAAGAGGAGGCCCAGCAAGAAGCGUGACCAGCGAAGAAGGCAGAGUCGCCACGUGUUGUUUGAUGAUUUGUGGGGUUAUGAUGAUUGGUCUGACUACAGCGACUACAGCGACAUCACUGAUGAGAGCACCACACAGGAGUACAAAAGCACCCCUGUUCAAAAUGUGUAUUUUUUCAAGAGAGAUAAAUACUACAGGGUGGAUCUGCAGACAAAACGUGUGGACUCUGCCAGGCCUCCUUACCCACGAUCCAUUGCGAAAUACUGGCUGGGCUGCGAGCAUGAAGAGACACCAGAUGCAUCAAGGGCAGAGAAGAGAUAAGGCCAGCUGUAGGGUCUGUAGUAUGGAGAAAAUAGAGAGAAAAUCCACUCUGUGUUUUAUACACAUCUCUUUGUCACAAAGUAAUUACAAUAUGAAUUAAUAAUAACUUGUUAUUGUUUUUGUUGUUGAAGCGUUUAGUUCAUGAUAAACACCCGCUCUAAUGUCCCCUCUAUAUUUAGGUGGAUAGAUUGUAAUUCUGCAUGAUCUAAUAAACUUGAGAUUAAGCUAAAAGA